UAUUGUUUACCAUCUUCAGGGUAUUAAACGCUCACAACAGAUGAUAUAUCUAAUAUAAAUACAUUAAAGUUUCUCAUAAAAUCUUUACAAUAAUAUAUACUGGUUUGUUUAAAACAGUUUGAAGAAAAACAAGUUCAGGAAGCAAAAUAUGAAUCCCAACAUGAAUAUGCAUAACAUGCAACAGAUGAACAUUUCGCAAGUCGGUGGACCAAAUCAAAUGAUGCAGCCUGGUGUGUCGCCAGUUUCUAUGAUGCAAGCCUCUCCCCAGCAACAAAUGCAAGGCCAAAUGCAAGCGCAAGUUUCGAAUGCCGCACAACAACAGCAACAGCAGCAGCAACAACAACAACAACAGCAAGCUGAAAAAAUGGAUAACAUCCUAAAAGUCAAGAGUUUACUCUCGCCAUUACGCGAGUCGCUUUUUCUUACAUUGCGCACCGGAGCUUUCUCAUUGCAAGAACAUAAUUUGUCAGAUAACCUUAAACGCGACGCAUCAUCGCACGCUGGACGUUUUGAAAAACAUCUGGAAGACUUUUAUGCAUAUUGUGAUCAGAUCGAGUUACAUUUAAAAACAGCUAUUCAAUGUAUGCAACAGUUAUCAUCUGCACAACACUAUCUUCCGAGCGCAGUGACGCCAGCUCGUAUGGAACCAUACAUGCAGGAUAAUUCUGGCGGUCCAAUGACAUACUCUACAUAUCUGAACAUUGUCCGCGUGCAUGUGCAAUCGGCUAAAGAUAUCCACGAUACUUUAAUUAGUGCGGCGCAAAACAUAUCACAGGCUGAUUGAUGAUUACUCUAAAUAAAA